GCAGGAUCCAGCCAUGGGCGCAGGGAAAAAGUCUGGAGCGGGGAAAUUAUUUGUCAAAGAGUCAAGUCCCACCAAGAAAGUGCUGUCAUUAUGUGGAACCAACUACCCCCUGAGUAUUAUGUUCAUCAUUGUGAACGAGUUCUGCGAACGAUUCUCAUUCUAUGGCAUGAAAGCCGUCCUCACCCUGUAUUUCGUGAAUUAUCUGCACUGGGAUAGGAACUUGUCCACCACCGUCUACCACGCCUUCAGUGGUCUCUGCUACUUCACCCCCGUUAUUGGCGCCCCCAUUGCUGACGCUUGGCUGGGAAAAUUCAACACCAUAUUUUGGCUCUCCAUCCUGUACAUCAUUGGUUAUGUGAUCAAAUCCGUGGGCGCCAUUCCAACGGUGGGGAACACAGAGGUGCACGUGGCGCUGUCUAUCAUCGGGCUGGUCGCCAUUGCAUUUGGUACUGGUGGGAUUAAGCCGUGCGUCUCUGCCUUCGGAGGUGACCAGUUCAAGGAAGAACAUGUACAAGAAAGAGCCAAGUUCUUCUCCAUCUUCUACUUGUCCAUCAACGCCGGGAGUCUCAUCUCCACCUUUGUGACCCCUGUGCUCCGAGGAGACGUCCAGUGUUUCGGCACGGAUUGCUACGCGUUGGCGUUCGGAGUCUCGGCUGCGGUGAUGUUAUUUGCACUCAUUGUGUUUGUCAGCGGCAGCGGCAUGUACCAGAAGUAUCCGCCGCAGGGGAACAUAUUGGGCUCGGUCUUCAAGUGCAUUGGUUUUGCCAUCAAGAACCGCUGGAACCAUCGCUCCAAAGAACAUCCCAAGAGGGAGCACUGGCUGGACUGGGCCAGCGAGAAGUAUACGAAAAAACUGAUCACAGAAGUGAAGAUGGUGACGAAGGUCCUGUUCCUGUACAUCCCUCUGCCCAUGUUCUGGGCGCUCUACGACCAGCAGGGAUCCCGCUGGACUCUACAGGCUUCAAGAAUGAACCUGGAUUUUAAAGGAUUCGUGGCUCAGCCCGACCAGAUACAGAUCCUGAACUCUAUCCUCAUCUUCAUCCUCAUCCCCGUCUUUGACUUCGGCAUCUACCCUCUGGUCAAACUCUGCAAGAUCAACUUCAAGCCUAUUCUCAAGAUGGCAAUUGGUAUGAUCAUAGCAGCCCUGGCGUUCGUAGUGGCCACAGUGGUAGAGAUCAAAAUCAUAGAAACAAUUCCAGUGGCUCCAAAAGCCGGAGAAAGUUUUCUGCAGGUCAUGAAUUUUGCUGACAGCGAAGUGACAGUCAAUGGUACGAUGCAAGUGCCGGCGCUGGACCUCAAAGACUUCAAGGAUCCACAAUACCUGACUCUGAAUUUCGCUGGCACACAGAAUGUGACUAUCAGUCUGGGGGACAAACAGUUCUGCUCCAUUCAGAUCAAAGAAGCAACAACAUAUUCUCUGGCUGUAGAUGGCAGAAAAUGCAUAGCAGUUACAGAUCCCAAUGAAAAACCAGAGAACGGCUUAGCGGCUGUGAGGUUCCUCAAUCUGCUGGAUGAGAGGGUCUCCAAUAUCUCAUUCUCGGGAGAACUCGUCCACGCCGAACCAAACUCCACGACCAAUUACACAACGCUGAAGAGAGGGAAAGUCAUGGCCACGGCUCUCAUAGGUGCCACAGAAUACUCCAUUGACUUGGGGCUGCUGGAUUUCGGAGGAGCGUACACCGCUGUAUUGAGAUCAAACAACCCCACUGACAAAGUGAUUGAAGCCGUUGUAGUAGAGGACGUUGCGGCAAACAGUUUUCACGUUGCAUGGCAGAUUCCGCAGUACUUUCUCCUCAGUGCCGGGGAAGUCAUGUUCUCCAUCACAGGCCUGGAAUUCUCAUAUACUCAGGCUCCAUCCAGCAUGAAGUCCGUCCUCCAGGCCGGGUGGCUGCUGACAGUCGCGUUUGGCAACGUGAUUGUGCUGAUCGUUGCUCAGGCAGCAACCCUGGAACAGUGGGCGGAGUUUGUCCUCUUUGCCGGUCUUCUGAUCGCCGUCUCCAUCAUCUUCUCGAUUAUGGGCUAUUUCUAUGUUCCUGUAAAUCCUGACGACUUGAAGGACGAGGAUGAGAAGGCGGACAUUGACCAGGAUGGUUCCCGACUUCUUCAAAAUUAUUCCAUAGGGGAACUAUGAGGAGAAGAAAACGAAGAUCUAGAGGGACGGAGGCAGGACAAGCUGCGGCGACUGGGGGGGGUCAUUUGUUCUCCGCUUUGUUCUUGUUUGUCAUUUAUCAGACUUUUUACACCGGCCUUUGACAGCCCCCGUGCACCCCAUUCAUGACGAGGUGCAGGCCUAUUGGUGCACCUCUGGCCGUCCCCGCUCCUGGAGUCAAAACUUCUCCAGCCCCUGAUCUUUUAUACCCGUGUCCUGGCGUCAAUGUUAGCACAUAUCUCCCGAUGCCCCUGCCACGUGGUGAGGACGACGUAAAAAAAACCUGGGCGACAAAAUGUAGUCACACGGGUAUUUAAAGCAAAAGAAUGGCGUCUUUUUUUUUUUUUAUCCAAAAACUGGCUUAGGCUUCUUAAUAAAUGACCCCAGUGUUCCAGAAAAGUCUUGAGGUUUGUUCAGGUGAAGCUUUG